UAAAAACUUAUUCAAAUUUCUCUGUUUUGAAUUAAGGUGAUUUAAAAAAUAAAAUGCUAGAGCAAAAUAAAUUUAGAACAUUAGAAGAUUUUUAAGACUCUGAUUUGUCAUCUCUUACUAAUGUUCUUAUAAAUUUAGUAUUCUAAGAAAUCGGUGAUAAAUCUAUAUUAAGCCUACAGUCUGCUUUAGAAAAUUGUACUUAGCUUUAGAGCUUAUAGCUUAGUUUAAAUCGAAAUAAUAUUAAAGCGAAGGGCGCAUUUAGCUUAGGCUCAGCUUUAGUUAAAUGCAGUAAACUAAAAAAUUUGAGUAUUCAUUUAGAUUAAAAUUAAAUUGACGACGAAGGUAUUUAGUCUUUAAGCAAAGCCUUAUUAAACUGUAAAAAUCUCUAGAAUUUAAAGCUUAGUUUAAACAAAAAUAAUAUAAGUGAAGUUGGAUAGUCAAGUUUAGGUUUAAAUUUAGCAAGCUGUUCAAACCUUUAAACCUUGAAUCUCAUUUUGAGUGAGGAAGAAAGAAAUGGUGUUUUAAGCCUAAGUUCUCAUUUAAAAUGCUCUCCUACUUUAUAAAACUUAACUAUAAAUGUUUGUAAAAUUGGAGAAAAAAUUGCUUUGGGCUUGUGUUCUGAUCUAUCAGAAUGUCAGAAUCUUCAUUACUUGUCACUUUGCUUCAGUUAUAGUGAGAUAACUGAUGAAUGUGCAUUAGGGAUAGGUACAGCUUUGGCUAAAUGCAAAAAUCUUUAAUGUUUGCAUCUAGAUUUUUACUGGAAUCAUAUUCGUGGAAAUGGUGCAUCAGGUUUAGUUUCAUCGUUUACAGACUGUGCUAGUCUUUAACAUUUAACUAUAGAUUUCAAUAUGAAUAUCAUAGGAAGCUAAGGUCUCAAAAAUUUAGGCAAAGCAUUUACAAAUUACUCCACUCUUAUUACUUUAAUGCUUGAUCUUAGGGAUAAUGAUCUGGAUUAGUAAAGUCAAACCAAUUUUAAGAGUAGACUCAAUAAAAUUAAGAGAUUAGUUAAAAAAUAGGUUUUAUUCGUUUAUUGAUUUUAGAAAAUUGCUGAAUGUUGCUUAGUUAUUAUAUAGUAUUAAUUAAGAAAUAAAUAUAUUUUUUUGUUUGUUUAUUGAAACAAACAGAUCUGAUUGUAUUUAAAUUAAAUAAUAAAUAUACUUCUUACA